GAGAGGAGCAUUUUGUCACACCUCAAAUGUGAAAGAAUAUCGGCACAACAGACUCUGCAUAGCCACGUCUUUCUCUGGGAGUUUUCCUGAAUUUGACAUGGUUUCUGUAAAUAGCACGAUUCUGUAAUGUUUGAUUGAAAUGUACUGUAUCUGUUUUCUAAGAAGCGUUUCAUUGGGCUUGUUGUGACUCGUCUACAAUCACACAAAGUGAAGAUGGCGGAGGGGCCUUCACUUCCUGAGUUGUCUGGUAAUGAUUCAGUGAUGCAGAUUCUUCUGAUGGGCAGGAAGGGUUCUGGGAAAAGGUCAUCAGGAAACACAAUACUGGGACAAAGGAAGUUUCAAGUUAAAAGGCCUCAAGAUGAUGUUUGUGAGGAUACGUCACAGAUCAAUGGAAAGCAGGUGCAUGUGAUUGAUCCUCCAGAUCUACUGGAUCCAGAUCUCUCUAAAGAGAAGUUUAAGAGUCUGAAAGAGAAAGUCCUCGCUCUCUGUUCAGCAGGUCUCAGUGCAGUUCUUCUGAUCGUGCCUUUAGAGACAAAAGUGGAAAAUGAGGAAGAGAUUUUAUAUUUGAUUAAAGAUAUAUUAGGACCUGAUGUCCAGAAAUACAUCAUGGUUCUGUUCACACAUGGAGAUGAACUGGAGGAUCUGGACCAGACCAUUGAUGAAUAUCUACGAGACAAAGAUCAUGCGGAUCUACAGCAGCUGGUGACAGAAUGUGGAGGAAGAUUUCACUGUUUCAAUAACAAACGUGAAGUAGAUGAUCAGGUCACACAAUUACUGCAGAAGAUUGAGAGAAUGGCAGGAGAAAAUGGUGGGAAAUUCAUCAAAGCACAAAGGAGAAGGAGCAGAGACACUGAUGUCAAUUUUUCAGGAGAGAGUCCAGCAGAUGAGCAUCUGAUUCCUGAGAGAAGAAAACAGCAGAUCAGACUGGUGUUACUGGGGAAAACUGGGGUUGGGAAAAGUGCAACAGGAAACACAAUCCUCGGCAGAAAUGUGUUUAAAUCUUCUGUUGACUCAAACUCUCAGAUGAAAGAGUGCAGCUCAGAAACCAAUGUGAGGAUCGGUAAAGAGAUCUCUGUGAUCGACACUCCUGGACUUUAUGAUACUGAACUCAGUAAAGACGAGGUUAUAAAUGAAAUGGUGAAAUGCAUCUUCUUAUCCUCUCCUGGACCGCACGCUUUUCUCAUCGUGAUUAAAGUCGGACGAUUCACUGAGGAGGAGAAAAAUACAGUGAAGCAGCUGAAAGAAGUGUUUGGAGAACACAUGGAGAAAUACACAAUGAUCAUCUUCACUCACAAAGAUCAGUUAGACCAGGAAAAUAAAUCCAUUGAAGAAUAUCUACAGAAAGCUGAUCCAGAUCUUCAGACUCUUGUAAAGAACUGUGGAAACAGAUACUUCUGUCUGGACAACAAAUCUGCCAGUUACCCACAGUUCAGAGAUCUCCUCAAGAAAAUAGAGAUGAUGAUGGCAGACAAUGGAGGGAUGCACUUCACCAGUGAGAUGUUUGAAGGAGCAGAGAAGUGCAUUCAGGAAAGGCAGAAGCAGAUGUUUGAUGAGAAAGUUGAGCUGUACAAACAGGAGCACAAUUUAGUUGAUCCAACAGUAUGGCAGAAGAUAUACUGCAUUUUAGCAGAAGAGUCACAUCAGGAAGCUCUGAAAUCGAUCAUUAAUGAAAUCAUUAGAUCGUGCUGUCUGGAGAACACAUUGACACAUUGUCUUGUGGAGGAGGUAAAAACUUUAAUUGAAGCCAUAAUGACACUUACAGAUCUAGAAAUGUGUAGAAUUCAGUGAGAGGGAUGUGACCGUCUUAUUUACAAACCCCUACAAAUAAAACAUUUUGUGCCUUUUUAUUUUCAAAGUCAAUCUUGUUUAUAAAAUGAAAGGUUCUUUAUUGGCGUCUAUGGCUUAUGUUGUCAAUACACACCAUGCACUUCCAAUACUUGCCAUUGCACUGGGAUGUAGUGCAACUACCACAAAGGGUCAAACAUUUUAAUUUUAUGGUCACAUGAGGGUAAAUAGAUAAAGACAGACUUUUCAUUAUACCUUUGAUUUUGAUAUAAAAUGGCAUUUAAAUGAAUGUAAAUCAGACAAUUAUUGUUUACCAAAGCAUGAUUAUUUUAAUCGAGUGUAAAUAUUCCUUCCUUAAACGUACACUUCAGAAACUGCUGUCUUGCUGUUUUAAUGCCAGAAGGACCUUUAGUUCCUGCUGGUGGAGAUACACACACUGUGAAUGUCACUGAUGAGAGAGAAACACAUUCAUAAUCUGACUUUACAAUAGAGCUGUAUCUCCAGACUGACCACAGUAAAGUCCUUUAAAUACAUGAUCAAUCUUCAAUGCUGUAGGAUAGUAUAGAGGAGAGCAGAGAGAACAUUCAAUGACCUCUUUCACAAUACACUCACAGUGGCAGUAUUGAGCAAUUCAUUCCUUUACAUAGAUUGUGCUUAUAUUUGUGUAACUGUUAAUAUAAAGUGGGGAUGUGGGGUUGUGUAUAACUGAUGUUCAUAGCCUUUUAAAUGUAAGGUCUGAUGGCACUUAAAGACAGUUUUUCAGAAUUGUAAUAUAAGUCUAGUGUAUGAGAAUGCGCUGUUACAUUAUUAUGUGCAAAUAAAAUAAUCGUUAA